UAAAGCGCACAGCGCCCAAGCUGCCCUGCGCUCCCUCUCCGCGCAUGCGCCCCGCAGCCCGGGCGGUCGCUCCCUGGCUGGCGGCUGCGGCGAGUCCCCGCUAUGGAGUCCUACGAUGUGAUCGCGAACCAGCCCGUGGUGAUAGAUAACGGCUCGGGUGUGAUCAAGGCAGGUUUUGCAGGUGACCAGAUACCGAAGUACUGUUUUCCAAACUAUGUGGGCAGACCAAAGCACGUUCGUGUCAUGGCUGGUGCUUUAGAAGGGGACAUUUUCAUUGGGCCAAAAGCAGAGGAGCACAGAGGUCUGCUCUCGAUCAGAUAUCCCAUGGAACAUGGCAUAGUGAAGGACUGGAAUGACAUGGAGCGCAUCUGGCACUAUGUGUAUUCGAAAGACCAGCUUCAGACUUUCUCAGAAGAGCAUCCUGUGCUCCUGACGGAGGCUCCCCUGAACCCACGUAAGAACCGAGAGCGAGCCGCUGAGGUUUUCUUUGAGACCUUCAACGUGCCAGCACUUUUUAUCUCCAUGCAAGCGGUGCUCAGCCUUUACGCUACAGGGAGAACCACAGGGGUGGUGCUGGACUCCGGAGAUGGCGUUACCCAUGCAGUUCCUAUUUACGAAGGGUUUGCUAUGCCUCACUCCAUUAUGCGGAUCGAUAUCGCUGGCCGCGAUGUAUCCCGCUUCCUUCGCCUCUAUCUCCGGAAAGAAGGCUACGACUUCCACACGUCAUCAGAGUUCGAGAUCGUCAAAACCAUCAAAGAGCGUGCCUGUUACCUGUCAAUAAACCCACAGAAGGACGAGACGUUAGAGACCGAGAAAGCCCAGUACUACCUGCCAGAUGGAAGCACUAUUGAGAUCGGCCCUGCCCGUUUCCGAGCCCCCGAGUUACUAUUCCGGCCUGACCUGAUUGGAGAAGAGUGCGAGGGGCUGCACGAGGUGUUGGUGUUUGCGGUUCAGAAAUCGGACAUGGACCUGCGGCGAACGCUCUUCUCCAACAUUGUGCUGUCCGGGGGCUCCACGCUCUUCAAAGGCUUUGGAGACAGGCUCUUGAGCGAAGUGAAGAAACUAGCACCCAAGGACGUCAAAAUAAGGAUAUCUGCUCCUCAGGAGAGAUUAUAUUCUACGUGGAUCGGUGGUUCUAUUCUGGCCUCGUUGGACACCUUUAAGAAAAUGUGGGUUUCAAAGAAGGAAUACGAAGAAGAUGGAGCCCGUGCCAUCCACCGGAAAACCUUCUAGCCCUGGGACCCGUCCUGCACUCGCUUUUCUGAGUCCGAGUGUCUGUGAGGAGCUGCGUGUGUGUGUGUGUGUGUGUAUGUGUGUGCAGAGCAUGGCCCCGGAAUGUCAUGGAGCAAAGAGGAGAAGGGUUAGAUCACCUUUUUGGUUUUUUUUUGUUUAUUUUAAACUGUAGGAGGAAAAAUAACCAGGCCCCAUUUCUCCGGUCGGCCCCAUUCCUUUUACCUUCACUCCUCUCACGGCCACGUCUGUCACUCUAGAGAAAGGGAAUGGCUUAGAAAUGGAACAGCUGGACAGAAGGGAUCCGACCACUGCAAGGCAACCAGUCAGGUUGUAGUCACGUAGCCAAAGACUCCAAACCCUGGCGUGUCCUUACCCUCCGGCACUCCACAGCACUGGCUGCUUCGCCCUGCAGGGGUGCCCAGCAGUGUCUCUCUCACCGGCCAGUUCAGUUUUUUUUUUUAAUAUAUUUUUAUACAGAAAAACACAUUAGGAGCAGUUACAACUCUCCCCCCCCCCCUUUUUUUUUUGUUCUGUUUUUUGUGUGUGUGUGUGUGUGUGUAAACUCUUAACCUGCUCUGUGGCUAUGGACCACGACUGCACAGCUGGAGCAACUGCUGACAGGACUUAGUUUGUAUUGCAUGGUGUAGGUCACAACCACCCCUCCACCGCUCUGAUUGUACUAGACGGUUAUGAUCUUAGGCUCUUGUUCGCUGACAUUCUUCCUCCUUGGGAAGCAGGUGCCCAGGGUGGGUACAAAGGCACUGGUGUAUUUUGCUCUGAUUUUGUUUUGAGAGGUUUACAGGGCCGUGUCCUGUCUCAUUCUGUAAGAGAGGAGGCUGCAUUUCCCCCUUUCUCCCACAGCAGGGUCAAGGAACCAUCUAAUUUCAGCCAGACAAAACCUCUUCCAUUUGAUCCGUCCUUGGGCGUAAAAGCACAUUGUAACUUUUGAAUUACUUUAUUUAUUGAAAUGUUUAAUAUCUAAGUUACUAAUAGGGCUGCUGGUUCCAGGGGCAGCGGCUGCCCCUCUCCUUCCAACACCCUUAUACUGAAUUUUCCAUUGUUUAAUGCAACACUAAUGUUUACAGCACACAUGCUUAGCAUAGUAGCCAGCUAGCCAACCCCGCAACGCUCCUUGGUUACUGUUAGCGAGUCAGCGUUCUCUAGGAAUGCACCAAAUGAGAGGACAAUAAACUCUUAGUACACUGGCAUUAUCAGCGGGUUCCUGAGCACUAGUUCUUCAUUCCACUGUAGUGUUACACCAGGCUAACCCUCCUGGCAUGGCACUGCUACCACGGCUGCAUACCUGCUCUGGGGGCGUGUUCUGAGGGGAGGGAGCAGCUGGUGCUUUUUACGUCUCAGUGGUUUUGGUUUUUAAAUGAGGUUGCUGCUGAGAACCAAAUAUUUUGCCUGGUUUAGCCACUUAAGUAUUAGAGGAGAACUCACCAGAGUUGUGGAGUCAGGGUAGUAAUCGUAUCUCUAUAUAGAGCCAAGUCUGGGUCUUUGAAAAGAACAAGAUUGGAGUAGGAGGAAAACAUCCUGGGGAAACCCAGAGCUUUUCCUAUGGCCUAACAGAUUUGCACCUCUAGGGGCAUGGAUGGGGUGUGGAGCCUUCCAAAACCGUUUUUUUUUUUUAAGCCACCUGUUUUUAUUUUAGAUACUACAUGGAUAGUUGGAGAUUCAGUCCCUGGAUUUAGAAUAUGCAGUUAGCUUUAUACUAUAAAAGCCAGCUGCCUCCAUCAGACAUGCGAAGAUGCAAAUUUAGAUGUGCUUGUCAUUAAAGGGAAAAAAGUGCUAAAGCCUGCGCAGUUAGAAGACAGUCGGGGAUGGUGUUUUGUGUUUUUUAAAGUAACAGGCCUGUGGUAAAUCCCUGCUUUGGGGCUUGAAAAGGAAGCUGUAAACAGCAGUAAUUCCCACAUGUGCUAUUGCAGCCUUUGCUUCACAAGCUACCCCUCCCCUGUUAAUAUCCCUGUGCUGCAUCGUGCCUGCAGCUGUGGUACUGACAGGCUCCAGGACAACUUCUGCCGGGUACUGCCUGUGCAGAACAGAAUCUGGUCACCGCAGCUCUGCAGUGGAGUGAUACUGUGUGUAUGGAGAGAGAGAAUUUUCUUCUUAGCCUGCCUAGGAAUAAAUUCCAGGAGGAGGCUGCUCUCAGCUCAAUCCCGGUGCCUCGCCGACUGCUUUUGUCAGGGCAUUGUCUGUUUACACCAGCAAGAACAUGAGUGGGAGUCAGUCUCACCUUCCACCCCCACUAAAACGAGUGAGGCUGGCAGUGCCUCGCUAUUGAAAGCAGCUGCAGUCUCACCAGUUGUAUUCAAGUGUCUUAAAAUCCAGUCAGGGCAAAACAGGAGCAGAUUUGACACCUAUUUAAGAACAAUGAAGAUAGACAGGGAGGGGUGCAAGAUAGGACCUUUCCGUGGCAGUAGCUCCUGCACCACUGAUUUAAUUUGAUAUACUGCACCAAAAACAGUGCAGCUAGUGCCAUUAGUACCACCUUUUAAAAAUGCACAGAGGCCCAGUGAGCCUGAGCCAGACCUUAAUGCAGCUGGGGUAUUGACUCAAGUACGAUCAGAGCCUCCUAUCUCAACACAUGGUCCUCACUGGUGUAAACUGAUAAUGCCUUAAUGGACAGCCUGCCACUAUGCCUCAUUAACACCAGUUAGCGCUUACUGUCCAGUGGUGAGAUGUUCAGGCUUCUGGCCUUAGCAAAAUCUCCUGCUAGAGAAACCUCGGGGGGGGGGGGGUGGCAAGAUGCAAUUUCCUUUUGGCGUGAGACUUUGGUGACAUUACAAGUUAUAGGCUAGCAGCAGAUGGACUACAGAGAAUUUUCUAUGGAAGGUCUCACUCAGAGGUCUGGUGAUUUAGCAGGGGGACAGUGGGCAGUAGUCCAUAAAAUGUUAGCAGGAGCUGUGUAGGCUGCAGCUACGCUGUAGUUUGUUAUAAAAGCAGCAUAGCCUAAAGCAGACAGCAGGAGAGAGAGAGAGCUCUGCAAUGAGGGCCUGUUCUCCUAGUCAGCUGAUAAAGUCCUUCCCCUGCUUCCCCCCUCCACCAAGGUGAAAGUGACCUAGGGUAUAAUUGUAGCACGGGGGUUAGUAUGAUCAUCUUUUCACAGCCUUGUAUGUCAGUUGCUUAUUGAUUCCCUUUCCGUAGCCCAUCGCUACACUCCCCACUCAAGCCUGCCUGCACCAGGUGGAUGUUGAUUUGUUCUUAAUUCACCUCUGAGCUGUACCAGUCUCCUUCCCUUGCAACUCUGGCUAACUAGCCUUGCCUCUUGAAGGGCUCCGCACUCCCUAAAUGGGAUUUAAAUGGUUGCUUUGGAAUAGGCCAAGGAGCUGGAAGAGGGUCCCCCUCAGCUGAAAGCAGCUAGUGCCACCCAUGGAGCCUGCCCCCGUUGCCAAUCUGCCUCUCCAGAGAGCUAAAUGUGAGUUUAAAAUCUUUGCUACAUUAUUGAAAAUGUGCCUAAGAAAUUACUGUGGCUUUUCCAGCCAUACAAGGAAGAAAUCAGCUUCUAUCAUUCCCACAGGUCUUAGCUGCUCAUGUUUUGAUCACCACUUCUAGCAAAUGCUACACACUUCUUACAGCUUCAGUGGUUGGCAGUUGCUGGUGCAGAGAAAAGGGAAAUGAGGAUUUAGACCCCAGACUUCAAUUUGCAUGUAGGCAAAUUCUUGGCCCGCAUCCAUUUGUUUGCAUGACUUGCAGCACAUUCGCUUUCUAAAGUGGGAGCAGGUUCAGCCAUGCAGGCUGCACCCAGGCCCGGAACUAACCUACUCAAGCUGCAAAGCACCAGAAGGGACCUCUGGCUUUGGCGAAAGCUGCCAGAUGUGGUUGGAGAAAGCAACGGGAUGCAGCAGUCCCCCGUGGGGAGAGGGCAGUUUGGGAACAUACUUCCAUUCAGUGCCAUAUCUUCUGCACAGUGCCGGCUUCGCCCCUGGACAUGGCAGGGAGGUCAGCUACCCGGUAGGCAGUGCACGUUGGGUACCCAGCGCACGACUCAAGCAGUAGCAGGUACGAUAAAGGCUUAACCACUACGGCAGGUGUUGCAAAGGUGCCACCGUUUUCCCUCCCCUCCCCCACUACCAAAUUCAUUUCCCCUGCAAACGAACAGUGGGAAACUGGGCUGCUUUUAGCUUCCUACUAAUCCCAGUCCUUUAAGAACAAAGUAACGGUGGUUUGAAGUAAGAGAACCUGUAACAGCCCAUUGCUGAGGGGUAGCUGCUAACAUGCAGAGCCUGUUCCAUUGGAAAAUAAGCUGUACUGGGUUCUCCGUGUUGGACAGUAUCAGAUAGCAGGUGGUGCAUGGCAAAAGGGAAUGACCCCGUGUUCCUCAGCCUGACUUGGAGCAGCAGCUCUGGGCAGGGUUCUGGUGUAAGCCCCAUUGACCAGCCAGAGGCGCUGUCUGCAAUCUAGCAUUUGUUCUAUCAGCCCGACGCUGUUCCUCGCACACCUCUCCCCACCAGGGUGCCUGCUGGCGCCCAACAUCCCUAAAUAAAGUUGUUCAUAUACAAA